AUGGCUGCCACCGCUUUACUGCUCCUGGCCCUCUCCGCCUCCGUUUCCCUCACAGUGGCAGUCCUAUUUGGUGAGCCUAGAAUUUAUGGAGAGGACGCUACUGGAUAUGGUCCCAUCUUUGAGGAGGAGCCUGUGGAUGUGGUCUACACUGAGGACUCACCCGAUGGGAGAAUCUCCAUGAACUGCAGGGCAAGAGCAAACCCACCAGCUUCAUACAGGUGGCGCCGUGAUAACUGGGAAAUCAAGCUGAUGGAGCAGCCAGACGAGCACUACAGCCUUGUAGGGGGGAACCUGGUUAUCACCAACCCCAAACAGAAGAAACACGCUGGGACGUACGUCUGUGUGGCCAGGAACAUCUAUGGCACCGUCAUCAGCAAGGAGGCCAGGGUCAAGUUCGGAUUUGUGGAGGAGUUUCCACAGGAGGAUCGAGACCCAGUGUAUGUCAAAGAGGGACAGGGCGCCGUUCUGCUGUGUGCUCCUCCAAAAGCCUGGCCACAGGAGGUGACCUACCGCUGGAUCUACAAUGAGUUCCCAGUUUUCCUGCACACGGAUCACCGUCGGUUUGUCUCCCAGAAGACGGGGAACUUGUACAUCUCCAAAGUGGAAGCUCAGGAUGCAGGAAACUACUCCUGCUUCGUUUCCAGCCCUAUAAUCGGGAAGAGUGUCUUCUCCAAGUUCAUCCCCCUCAUCCCCUUACCCCCUGAUGACGGUGAGGAGAGAAAGUACCCAGCAGACAUCAGGGUGAAGUUCCCAGAUACUACAGCCAUGCUGGCCUCUAAUAUUACGUUGGAGUGCUUUGCUCUGGGAAACCCAGUCCCUCACAUUGUUUGGAGGAAGGUGGACUCCACAGACCUCCCACCAAACCACGAGAUCAGCGAAUCAGGAGCUGUGCUUCAUCUGUACAACGUACAGUAUGAGGAUGUGGGCGGAUACGAGUGUGAAGCCAUCAACACUAAAGGAAAGGACUGGCACAAAGCCUGGCUGUAUGUGGAGUCUGCUCCAGAGUGGGCGGAAACCAUCAACAACACUCAGAUCGACAUCGGCUCAGAGCACACCAUGCGCUGUGUGGCGUCAGGGAAGCCCUUCCCUUUCAUCCGCUGGUACAAAGAUGGAUAUAUGUAUGGGAAGGGGGAGUUGAAGUUUUCCAGUCUCACUUUUGAUGACUCAGGAAUGUACCAGUGUAUUGCUGAGAACUACUGGGGCAUCAAAUACGCCAAUGCUGAGCUGCGAGUCAUCGCCUGUGCUCCUACGUUCGAGUUUAACCCUGUGAAGAAGCAGCUUCUUGGAGCUAAAGAUGGCCGUGUCGUGAUUGAGUGUAAACCCAGAGCUGCUCCUAGACCGCGCUACACCUGGACAAAGGGCAAAGAACUCCUCUUCAACAAUUCACGCAUUUCCAUCCUGUUUGAUGGGAGCCUGGAGAUCCUCAAUGCCACCAAAAACGAUGAAGGUGUCUACAACUGCUUAGCUGAGAAUGACAGAGGAAAGGCCAACAGCUCUGGCUAUCUCACCAUCACAGAGGCUACGAGCCUCACUGAACCACCUGAAGACACUGAGGUAAAGGUUGGUGAUGAGGUGAUUCUGAAGUGCGCUGCUUCAUAUGACCCCAUGCUGGACAUCACAUUCAUCUGGGCCAUAGACUUCAGGCUCAUCAACUUUGACUCUGAGUGGCAACACUACGAACGCGUUAUGAGUGAAGAUGGCAGAGGUGACUUGAGAAUAAAGAAUGUCCAGAUUUGGCACGAAGGUCGCUACACCUGCACGGCUCAGACAGUGGUGGACAGCGACACAGCAUAUGCUGAUCUCAAGGUUGUAGGUGUUCCCGGGCCUCCUGGCGUGAUCAGGGUUGAAGAGAUCGGGGACAAGUGGGUGAAGCUGUUGUGGACUAAAGGAGCAGACCAUAACAGCCCCAUUCUCUACUACACUAUUCAGACCAGACACUACUGGGCUCUGAAUGAAGAUGACUGGAGGAAUGCUAGCACCUCUCCAGUCGUUCUUGACGGCAGUGUGGAGAAGGCAGAAGUGACAGACCUGUACUCCUGGAUGGAGUAUCAGUUCAGGAUCAUCGCUACCAACGAGCAUGGCUCCGGGGAGGCCAGCAUCCCCUCCCUCAAGAUCAAAACCUGGGAUUCUUCUCCAGUGGUUUCUCCCACUGAUGUGGCAGGUUAUGGAGGUAGAAAUGGCGAGAUCGUCAUUACAUGGACACCUGUGCAGCCGUGGUAUUUCUACGGCAAAAAGUUUGGUUACAUUGUGGAAUUUAGGCCUCAUGAUGGUUACGACUGGUGGCACACGUCCAUUUCAGACCCCGAGACAAGACGUUAUGUUCACAAAGACUCCUUCUUCAUUCCCACCGAUGAAGAUUUCCAGGUCAGAGAGUUUCAGGUGAGGAUCAAGUCAUUUAAUGUGAAAGGAGACGGACCAUACAGCCUCAACAAGGUCAUCUACUACCCAAGAGAUGUACCUACAGAGUCUCCAACAGAUGUCUAUGCCAGGCCGGUGUCUUCCACCGAAGCACUGGUCUGGUGGUUGCCAGUGGUCGACACUGGUACAGGCCUGCAGCAGUACAUCGAGGGAUACCAGGUCAAAUACUGGAGAAAAUAUGAUGAUCCAGAGCCGGGAGCACACCGUAUAUUUGUUCCAGCCACAGUCAAUCAGACCAGGUUGGAGAACAUGCUGCCAGAUUCUCACUACCUCAUUGAGGUCCGUGCCUUUAAUGGAGCUGGUCUCGGACCCCCUGGUGAACACUGUGAGAUGUUCACAAAGAGACCACCACCACCAGACCCUCCCAGGAUGUGGCGCUACAUUACCUGGACUGGACAGUGGUUGUAUGUGUGGUGGGAUCAUAUCCAGUAUGACUGGUUUGGCAAUAUUUCCUUCCCACUGUACUACAAGGUCAUGUUCAGAAAGACUGGCUACAUCUACGGGAAGGUCUACAUCACAGGCUGGCACUUCAUGGACUUCCCCAUGCCUCAGGUUGGAGACUAUGAGCUGAUGGUACGUGGCCGUUAUGAAGGAGGAGAUGGCCCAAUCAGGAAGAUUAGGAUUCAGGGUAAAGCAUCUAUGAUCACGCCCACUCUAAGCCUGGUGUCUUUGGUGCUGCUGGCACUGUGCAUUGUUGGAUUGGAAGUUUAAGCCUGCGACAUGUGACAUGUAUAUAAUAGACUCUGGGAAGAAAAUAUAUGGACCUGCUGUAAUAUGAGAUCCAGUCUUCUCCUCCAAACACUCCUAACUCCUUCAUUUGUUCUGUUGUAACACCACAAAGGAAGUUGUUUUUCACAAAAAAAUAAUCGGUAGUUGGCCCCUUUUUAUGGACUUUCAUCUUCUAAAUGAACAGAGUGCCAGAACUGAAUCAUACAUGCAGUAAAAUGUGGAACUCCUGCAUCAGGCCAUAAUUUUAAUAAAUUUUAAUGUUAAAGAGAAGAUCCAAAAUGUCUCAUUCAAGUCACUCCAGAGUCAAAAUGAAUAAAGUUGAUAAUUGGUGGAAAUGAUAAUGCACUCAAUUAAGCUCUCCACUCACUGUUCAGAUAAAAAUAAACAUUUACAUUUAAUCAUUUGGCAGACGCUUUUAUCCAAAGCGACUUACAUUUGAGGAACAACAUACAAGCAUCAAUAAAGCAUCACUACAGUAAGAUAUCUAGAUAUUAGUAAGAGUAGUUAGAGGUAAUGGCGUACGGCAUUAAUGGGGUAAAUACCUAGGGAAAGAAGUAAGAGUUAACGGACUAGUGCAAUCAAUACAAGAGAAUUGUAAGGAGAUAUAAGAAGAAGACCAAAUGAACUUGAUAGAGGUUAGUGGUUAGAGGUGUUAUAAGGGAAAGUGUUCUCGGAAGAGAUGAGUUUUCAAGAGCUUCUUGAAGAUCGAGGGACGCCCCUGCUGUGAUGCCGUGUGAUAGCUUGUUCCACCAUUGUGGUGUUACAAAUGAGAACAGCCGGGACAGACCCUGGACUGAGAUUACACAUCCAGAAAAGUAAUUGUUAAGUUGUGUUUGCUGAAGGAAAAAAUGAUUCUAUCACUUCUGCAAUAUGUUUCGUUCAUCUUCUAUCAUUCAACUCACUUUAAGUUCUAAUCACAUUUCCUGUUUGGAGUUGAGCUGGACAAACAGUACCAAGCUAGAAUUUAACCCAUAAAAUGGGGAAAUGUUAAGUAUAACAAGCACUAUACAUCUCAGAUGGUCAAGCAAUCAAUGUUAUGUAAAGAACUGUAUAAUAAUCACUGUAUUUGGUUUGGAAUGAGCAGAGGAGGAUGAGUGACUGGAUUUUAUGAAUAUGUCACUUCUUCUACGAGCACAGAGCAUAUCACACAUUUUAAACACGCUUAUUCUUCACAAUCAUAAACACUGCUCUAGAUUGGAAGAUGUUUUCACUUUUAUUAAAGUUUUUUGGAUUAAUUAAUUAAUUUUCAAAAUUUUUAAUGGUGCUGUGUGACAGCCAGGUACAGAGGAUGCUGGCUUCAUGUUAAUGUAAAGUUUCAUCCUCACCAGAAUCAUGUGCAUAGACUAUUUUAGUAUGAGUUUUAGCUGUGCAAAUGAAAGCUGUAUUACCUUGAUAACAACUUCCUUUGAUGAUGAUUUUUGCAAGCAAAAAUGUAAUAUCUGAAUGAACCAUGGGGUCAGGUUUGGACAGAAACAGCUGUAUAUCACAUAUAUAUGUAUGCUAAUUUCCUUUGUCAGGCUGCAAAACCAUUAAACAGAGUACAGCAAUUUA